UGCAAACUGUCAACAACAGCGAGUCGAGCGUUCCAAAGCAGCAGCAGCAGCAGUAGCAGCAAAAGACCUUUUUAUGGCACCGACUGCCCAUCGUUUCUGCAAAUGGAAGAAAGAACUACAGUCGUAUAACUGGAGCUUUUGCUGAAUAUUCAGCCAAACAAAAUAACAAUCAGCUGAACCAAUACUAGAAAAUAAAAGACGGAGCAACGCUGCAGCCUCUCUCUUCCUUUAGUCCCGUCCUUUCUGUCUCGCCACCUUGACCUGCCUCUGCUGUGCAGUCGAAGCAGCGGGGUCCUCGUCCCUCGCCGCAGGCCUCGGGCCCUCCCAUCGGCGGCCCGCUCUGGCCGUUUGCUGGUGUCUGAUGGCGCGGUGGGAUGCUAAGGGCAGCCGCGGGAGACUGUGAUGUCAGAGCCCAACAGCCCGGGCGAGAGCCAGCGUGGCGCUCCCAGAUUCUACGUGGGCUGCGAGGACGAUGAGAGCGAGGUGCAGGAGGACAGCAUGAGGACAGACAUGGACCUGUAUGAGGAUGACGAAGACACGCCCCCGGAGCGACAGAUCGUGGUGGGGAUCUGCUGCAUGAUGAAGAAGUCCAAGUCCAAGCCAAUGACCCAGAUUCUGGAGAGGCUGUGCCGGUUCGAGUACAUCACCGUGGUCAUCUUCCCAGAGGACACCAUCCUCAACGAGCCUGUGGACAAAUGGCCGCUGUGUGACUGCCUCAUCUCCUUCCACUCCAAAGGAUUCCCUCUGGACAAUGCGGUGAGCUACGCCAAACUGAGGAGCCCUCUAUUCAUCAACGACCUGAACAUGCAGUACUAUAUUCAGGACAGGAGAGAAGUGUAUCGGAUCCUACAGGAGGAGGGGAUCGAGCUGCCGCGUUACGCUGUGCUGAACCGCGACCCAGCUAAACCAAAAGAGUGUAACCUGGUGGAAGGGGAGGACCAUGUGGAGGUGAACGGGGAAAUCUUCCAGAAACCUUUUGUGGAGAAGCCCGUUUGUGCUGAGGACCACAACGUCUACAUCUACUACCCCACAUCAGCAGGCGGCGGCAGCCAGAGACUCUUCAGAAAGAUCGGGAGCCGGAGCAGCGUCUACUCUCCAGAGAGCAGCGUGAGGAAGACUGGCUCCUACAUUUACGAAGAGUUCAUGCCGACUGACGGCACGGAUGUUAAGGUGUACACCGUCGGGCCGGACUACGCCCACGCCGAGGCCCGGAAGUCUCCUGCGCUGGACGGGAAGGUGGAGCGCGACAGCGAGGGCAAGGAGGUCCGUUACCCCGUCAUACUCUCGGCCAUGGAGAAACUGGUGGCCCGGAAAGUCUGCUUGGCUUUCAAGCAAACGGUGUGCGGCUUUGACCUGCUCCGAGCCAACGGACACUCCUAUGUUUGUGACGUGAACGGUUUCAGCUUCGUCAAGAACUCGAUGAAAUACUACGACGACUGCGCCAAGAUCCUCGGGAACAUCGUGAUGCGAGAGCUGGCGCCUCAGUUCCAGAUUCCCUGGUCGAUCCCAACGGAGGCAGAGGACAUCCCGAUUGUUCCCACCACUUCAGGCACCAUGAUGGAGCUACGCAGUGUCAUCGCCAUCAUCCGUCAUGGAGACAGAACGCCCAAACAGAAGAUGAAGAUGGAAGUUCGCAACCCCAUGUUCUUUGAUCUGUUUGAAAAAUACGACGGAUACAAAACAGGGAAGUUGAAACUCAAGAAGCCGAAACAGCUGCAGGAGGUGCUGGACAUCACCCGGCAGCUGCUGAUUGAUCUGGGGCAGCGCAACGACUGCGAGAUCGAAGAAAAGAAGUCCAAACUGGAGCAGCUGAAGACGGUUUUAGAAAUGUACGGUCACUUCUCUGGGAUCAACAGGAAAGUGCAGCUGACUUACCUGCCCCAUGGGCAGCCGAAAACCUCCAGCGAAGACGAAGACACACGUAAGGAAGGCCAGUCCCUGCUGCUGGUGCUGAAGUGGGGAGGAGAGCUGACUCCUGCUGGCCGGGUGCAGGCGGAGGAGCUGGGCAGAGCCUUUCGCUGCAUAUACCCUGGAGGUCAAGGAGACUAUGCUGGAUUUCCGGGCUGCGGGUUGCUACGGUUACACAGCACCUACAGACACGACCUGAAGAUCUACGCGUCGGACGAAGGCCGGGUGCAGAUGACGGCGGCUUCCUUCGCAAAGGGCCUGCUGGCUCUGGAGGGGGAGCUGACGCCCAUCCUGGUGCAGAUGGUGAAGAGCGCCAACAUGAACGGGCUGCUGGACAACGACAGCGACUCGCUGAGCAGCUGCCAGCACCGCGUCAAGGCCCGGCUGCACGAGAUCCUGCAGCGGGACCGCGAGUUCAACGACGAGGACUACGACCGGCUGGCCCCGACCUGCGCUACGUCUCUUUUGAAUUCAAUGAAAACAGUGAAGAACCCGGUGGCCACAUGUGAUGAGGUCUACACGCUCAUUCAGAGCCUCACCUCUCAGAUCCGCACCAGAAUGGAGAACCCAAACUCUUCCAACCUGCAGCUCUACCACAGCGAGACUCUGGAGCUGAUGCUGCAGCGCUGGGGCAAGCUGGAGAAGGAUUUCCGCAUGAAAAACGGCCGCUACGACAUCAGCAAGAUCCCCGACAUCUACGACUGCGUGAAGUAUGACGUCAUUCACAACGCCACGCUCGGCCUGAAGGACACGCAGGAGCUGUUCCGGCUGUCGCGAGCGCUAGCCGACAUCGUCAUCCCGCAGGAGUACGGCAUAAAUAGAGAUGAGAAGCUGGACAUAGCUUACGCUUACUGCCUCCCUCUGGUCAGGAAGAUCCAGCUUGACCUGCAGAGGACGCACGGAGACGAGUUUGUCAACAAGCUUCAUCCUCUGUAUUCUCGUGGUGUUUUGUCACCCGGCCGUCAUGUCAGGACUCGGUUAUAUUUCACCAGUGAGAGCCACGUCCACUCCCUGCUCAGCAUUUUCCGAUACGGAAGCCUACUCGACGAGGAGAAGGACCAGCAGUGGAAACGCGCCAUGGAUUACCUCAAUGAGGUCGCCGAACUCAACUACAUGACGCAGAUUGUCAUCAUGCUCUACGAAGACAACAAUAAGGACAUUUCCUCUGAGGAGCGGUUCCACGUGGAGCUCCACUUCAGCCCCGGCGUUAAGGGCGUGGAUGAGGACGAGCACGUGCCGCACGGAUUCGGCUUCAGACCCGCCUCAUCAGAGGUGACGCGACAGAACGGGCAGAAGAAGGAGGAGCGCAGCAGUCUGGAGGACCUGACGCGAGACGAAACGGACCGCGCCGUUCCCGCGUCGGAGCCGAUCACCAUUCAGAAGCGGUCGCCGCUCAUUCGCAAUCACAAAACCGGAUCAAUGGAGGUCCUCUCAGAAACCUCGUCCUCUAAAGUCGGCAGCUACCGUCUCUUCUCCAUCUCACGUCAGUCUCCAGAGAUGAAACAAAGCGGCUUAGGCUCUCAGUGCGCCGGACUCUUCAGCACCACCGUCCUCGGUGGCUCCUCUAGCGCCCCUAACCUGCAGGACUACGCACGUGCACACCGCAAAAAAUACUCCACCACCAGUCUGUCCUACAAAGACGAACAAAUUAGAAGAGAUGAGGCCAGGAGAAUUGAGAGGGGAAGGAAACAGGGAGCAGCAAUAGAACAAAAGAGAAGAGAUCAGGUCAGGAGGACUGACAGAGGAAAGAAACUUGACUCAGUAACAGAACUCAGUAAAAGAGAGGCGGCCAAGAAAAGAGAGAAGGAUAAAAAAGAGGAAUUAGUAGAACUCAGUAAAAGAGAGGUAACCAAAAAAAGUGAGAAACGAGAGAAACGUUGGAAAAGUGAGACAGAUAAAACAGAGGAAUCAGAACUCAGUGGAAAAGAGGAGGCCAAGAAAAGUGAGAAACGUGAGAAAAGAGAGAGGGAUAAAAAAGAGGAAUCAGAACUCGGUAAAAGAGAGGUCGUCAAGAAACGUGAGAGAAGUAAAACAGAGGAAUCGGAACAGAGUGGAAAAGAGGAAACUAAGAAAAGUGAGAAAACAAAGGAACCAGUACAACUAGGGAAAAGAGAGGUGGCCAAGAAAAGUGAGAAACGUCAGAAAAUUGAGGAGGAUAAAACAGAGAAACCAGUAGAACUCAGUAAAAGAGAGGUGGCCAAGAAAAGUGAGAAACAUGAGAAAAGUGAGACAGAUAAAACAGAGGAACCAGUAGAACAGAGUGGAAAAGAGGAAACUAAGAAAAGUGAGAAAACAAAGGAACCAGAACAGAGUGGAAAAGAGGAGGCCAAGAAAAGUGAGAAACAUGAGAAAAGAGAGACAGAUAAAACAGAGGAACCAGUAGAACUCAGUAAAAGAGAGGAGGCCAAGAAAAGUGAGAAACAUGAGAAAAGUGAGACAGAUAAAACAGAGGAACCAGAACAGAGUGGAAAAGAGGAAACUAAGAAAAGUGAGAAAACAAAGGAACCAGUAGAACUCAGUAAAAGAGAGGUGGCCAAGAAAAGUGAGAAACAUGAGAAAAGUGAGACAGAUAAAACAGAGGAACCAGUAGAACAGAGUGGAAAAGAGGAAACUAAGAAAAGUGAGAAAACAAAGGAACCAGUACAACUAGGGAAAAACGAGAUGGUGGCCAAGAAAAGUGAGAAACAUGAGAAAAGUGAGAAACAUGAGAAAAGAGAGACAGAUAAAACAGAGGAACCAGAACAGAGUGGAAAAGAGGAGGCCAAGAAAAGUGAGAAACAUGAGAAAAGAGAGACAGAUAAAACAGAGGAACCAGUAGAACUCAGUAAAAGAGAGGAGGCCAAGAAAAGUGAGAAACAUGAGAAAAGUGAGACAGAUAAAACAGAGGAACCAGUAGAACAGAGUGGAAAAGAGGAAACUAAGAAAAGUGAGAAAACAAAGGAACCAGUAGAACUAGGGAAAAACGAGAUGGUGGCCAAGAAAAGUGAGAAACACGAGAAAAGUGAGAAAACAAAGGAACCAGUAGAACUCAGUAAAAGAGAGGUGGCCAAGAAAAGUGAGAAACAUGAGAAAAGUGAGACAGAUAAAACAGAGGAACCAGUAGAACAGAGUGGAAAAGAGGAAACUAAGAAAAGUGAGAAAACAAAGGAACCAGAACAGAGUGGAAAAGAGGAGGCCAAGAAAAGUGAGAAACAUGAGAAAAGAGAGACAGAUAAAACAGAGGAACCAGUAGAACUCAGUAAAAGAGAGGAGGCCAAGAAAAGUGAGAAACAUGAGAAAAGAGAGACAGAUAAAACAGAGGAACCAGUAGAACAGAGUGGAAACGAGGAAACUAAGAAAAGUGAGAAAAGUGAGACAGAUAAAACAGAGGACUCAGAAGAUGGUGGAAAUGCUGAAGAUGAAAAUAGAAAGAAAGACAGUGCACCAGAAGAUGAAGAUCCUGAGUUGUUGUCUAUGCCGGCAGUAAAACGAUUUUCUGUGUCGUUUGCAAAGCAUCCGACUAAUGGGACACAAGACGACUCGUCCACCGUCGCAUCGUCUGCGUCCCGCUUGUGCAGUUGGACAGAGUCCGUGGAGGAACACCAUGUGGCCCAGUUGUUGAGGUUUUUAUCCACCGACCUCAGCUCGGGCCGCCGCCAGCUCUCUCUGGACCACGCUCUGGCCCACCACCUCCACCAGUGCUCCUACCACCUGCGCCUCUUCCGAAACUGGCUCAUCUCCGGCCAGGACCCCCUAGAGUGCCUCCACGGCUUCGAAGGAUGCUCCAUGGUGCCCUCCAUCUACCCGCUGGAGACGCUGCACAACUCGCUGUCGCUCAGGCAGGUCAACGAGUUCCUCACCAGAGUCUGCGAGAGCGCCGGGGAUACGCACACCAGGACCUCCAGAGCUCUGUCGGCCAUGUUGGGCGCUCACAAUCAGCCAGACAUCCCUCAGAGGAUCCUGACGACCUCCAUGUCGCUCAAAUCUCGCUCCGACAGACCUCCGUGGUACAGCAGCGGUCCGUCCAGCACGGUUUCCAGCGCCGGCCCGUCCUCCCCCACCACGGCCGACACUUCGCCGCGGUUCAGCUUCAGCGACAAGGUUUCGCUCACCCCGCAGAGCAGCGAGGAAACCCACUCCUCCCAAAACGCCUUCGCCCAGCCGCUGCCCGCCGAAGUCCCGCUGACUCCAAACAACUCCCCAGAGGAAGAACCCGAACCCGACAAGCAGCCCGACGACCCAGAACCGGCGGCAGACAGACAGGAGGCGUCCUGCGACUCUCUAGAGCCAGUCCCGGAGCAGGGGCCGGCCUGCGUGGCGCUGGCGGAGCUGAGUCUGGGCCGCAUGGAGGGCUACUGCCUGCCCGGGUCGCUGCCGGUGCUGCUGGAGCUGAGGGAGAGCAGCAGCGAGGCCGGGUCCAGCUCGCAGACGCCCCAGUCCCCUGAGGGGCCCGACGAGUUCUUCGACACGCAGGAGUCCGUGGAGCUGUGGACGGACAGUCCCGAAAACGCCCCGCAGCCCGACACCGCCCAGGACCCAGAGCCAGCUCAGCCGGUGGAGCAGUGAACCGGCCGGUCCAGUCCGACCGGGUUUUUAAUCUAAGCUCAUCUGUUACUUACUGACAGCAACCAUUGGGUGAAAAACCAACCAGAGGCGAGCAGAGAGUCUUAAUAACUGGGAGAAUAUAAUAAAUACUACAUUUUAAUUUGGUUUGGAAGUAGAAACACUUGUAUGUGAUCAGCUGAGCAGAUCUCUGACGUUUAAGCAUUUUACUGCCGUUGUCUGUCCUACACUGCAAAAACACAAAAUACUAAGCAUUUUUGGUUGAGUUUCUAAUGCAAACAUCUUAAUACUUGAAAUAGGAAAAAACUAAUUUACAAACAACUUUUCAGCAAGAAAUAAGAUGUUUUAGGUAAACAUUUCUUUAUAUUGAUCUUAAAAAGUACUACUACGAUUGGCAAAGCAUUUCACUUAUAACAAAACAUUUUCCCAUGUCAAAAGUUAAAUAAUCUGCCAGAGGAACAAGUACCUUUUUUGUCAAUAUUAAGGAAUUAUUGACUUAAACCAACUGCUAUAUUUUGCUGAAAAUGUGUUUGUAAGUUAGUUUUAUAUUAAGAUUUUUGGUCUAGAGUACUUGGUAAUAUUUUGUGUUUUUGCAGUGAAUUCUCACUGAGUUUUGUUUUUCGUCAGAGUUGCUGAGAAUGUUUGUGAUCUGUAAGAAAACUGAACCAUCCUCAGUGCUAAUGGGGUUUUUUUCAGUGUGCACUGCUGAUCGCCAAAGUCCUUAACCCUCAGUGAAGAUUUAAUUUAGAGAAAAACACAGAUUUAUUUUAGAAAAGAAAACAAAUAUUUUUAAGAACCUGCACAUUAGAUAUUUAACUGUAUAGCACAUUCAUGGCUUUGGGUGUGUGUAUAUUUUUGUUAAAAACACAUUCAAGCCUCAUUUUAUCACUGAACAAAAAGGAGGGCAUUUUACAUUCAUUGUGCUUUUUAUUGUGAGCAGCGAUGUAGCACAAAGAGGCAUGCUAGCUUCCGCAGCGCUGUGUGCUGUCCUGGUACAUUUCAAUGAACUGUAGAAAAUUAAACUGUGAGUCUGCGAUCUUACUGUGUGUACAGAUAAAACACGACAUCAAUGUGAUUGGUGUCAAAUAUCUGGUCAGUUGACUCAAAUAAACAUUUUGGAUUUAUC